AUGUCAGCCUUUCCCUACCCUGUCACCCCUACACCCCCUAUGUUCCACUGCGACUACAGUGACUGGUCUCCCUCCUUCUACAUUAUCCCAUCAGUCUACUUGUUGUCCUUCCUGGUGGGUUGCCUUGGUAACAGCUUGGUGCUCUGGGUGUACUUGCAUCGAACCAAUGCGAGAGGAAUCAGGAUAAGAGACAAACGGCGUAUUGCAAUAGGAAAGCUGUGCUGUUCUUUCAGAGCUACUCAUCAUGAUGCUUCCAGAACUCACCAUGUGUCAGACAGAGGGAACCCAUCAGGACAAAGCUACAGGCCUUCCUCUCAUGCCUUCAGCUCUUCCUCGCUCCCUCCCUCCAUCCCUCGGCCUUCUCGCUCCCUGACAGACUCUCUGAUUGCCAGUCUGGCUUUAGCUGACCUUUGCUUUCUUGUAACUCUGCCCUUCUGGGCUGCCUACACAGCAAUGGGCUACCACUGGCCUUUUGGACAACCCCUUUGCCAGAUAAGCAGCUUCCUCACAGCUCUCAACAUGUACGCCAGCAUAUUCAGCCUCAGUAUGCUCAGUGUGGAGAGGUACUGGGUCUUGACGGGACGCCGUCACUCAGGCCACUAUCCCUUGCAGAGGUGUCCUAAUAGGACUUUGUGGAUACUCAUAGCAGUGUGGACAUUAGCAGGGAUUCUGGCGCUGCCUGGCUUGCUGCGUUCUGUCAGGGAAGUGGAGCUCGACCCAAAGUCUAGGGAUGACCCAGGAUCUUUUGUCCUUUCCUGCCAGAUGGAUUACUCUAUGCUUGUUGGAGCAGAGCUUGACGAGGCUGAGAAAGACAGCGCUGAGAUGUGGUGGGCUGCUGUAUUGAGCUUAAAGUCAACUUUAAUUGGCUUCCUCCUGCCACUCGUCAUCCUGCUCAUCUGCUACUGCUCACUGGCUCGGCUCCUCAGCAGGCACUUCGGACAUGGCCCUCGUCCUGACCGCAGGCACCAACGCAGACUCCUAAGAGUCAUUAUCACUCUAGUGAUGGCCUUCUUCCUGUGCUGGUUGCCACUUCACAUCAACAAAACUAUCUCUGUCCUAAUGGAGUUUGACUUAGUCCCCUACUCGUGCUCUUUAGACCAGGCUCUGCUGGCUGCUCACCCAUAUGUCACCUGUUUGGCGUACCUGAACUCCUGCCUUAACCCACUGCUUUACGCCGCCUGUGACCCUUCCUUCAGGGGAAGAUGCAGAGCAACCCUGCUCAUGUGGUGCAGGGUAUGCAGAGAAGAAGAUGAGGGGAAUGGGAAGACAGAAGUAAAGGAAAGAUUGGACAGGAGCUCAAAUGUUCCAACAAGGACCCUGGAGGAAACAGAGGGAAGGACAGAAGAUGAGGAGGAAGAAGAAGACAGGUUAUGA